GCAUCAAAAUAGCCGGAAGGUAGUUUCAUGGCCUACCGGAUCUACUGUAGACAUAGUGCAAAAUGGAUUUGCAAAACUAGGUUUUUCUGAUACCAUUGGUUGCAUCGUUGGCUGCUAUAUUCGAGUCUCAAUGUCACAAGAUGAAGGAACUGCUUAUAUUUGUAGAAAAAAUUUUCAAGUUAUAAUUGUGCAGGCAGUUUGUGACCAUACAAUGAAGUUUACACAUUGCUAUACAGGUGAAGUGGGAAGUGUACAUGAUGCUAAGGUUUUAAGAAAUAGUGAAUUAUGGUCAUACAUGACAACUGGCGCUGAAGAAAAAUUUCCUAACAACAUGCAUCUAUUGGGUGAUAAAGCAUAUCCACUAUCUCAAACCCUUUUAAUACCAUACAAAACUUAUGGACAAUUGAACAGUCAGCAACGGAAUUUAAUUAUAAAUUAAAUGCAGCUCGUAGUGUAAUAGAGAGAGCUUUUGCUAUAUUACAAGGAAGAUGAAGAUGUCUAAAGUUUCUGGACGUUAGGACAAUUGAAUGGAUACCAAAAUACAUAGUGGCAUGUUGUGUUCUACAUAACCUAUGUAUAAUCAACGGAGAUAUGUUUAACCAAAAUGAGGAAGACGCUUCUGCCGUUUCAGAAUACGAUGAUGUGCAUAAUGAAACAAGAAGAGAACAAGGGGAGCAAAGGAUGUUUGGAAUACAAAAAAGAGAUAGAAUUGCAAACGAAUUAUACAAUUUAUUAUAAUAAAAUUAAAUACUUUCUGUUCAAACUAUAUUGCUAUCAUAAAAUAAUAUCACUCAAUUGCCAUCAUGACACUGAUAAAACAUAUAACUCUUGAAUAAAAAAAAAAACAUUUUUCUCAUUUAUAAUUGUACAAAGAUAA